AUGCAACAAACGUUUGUCACUUCAUUAUUGGCCAGGAGAUGGGGUGGGGGUGGAAACAAGGAUAAAUCAAACGUGGUGCCUGCCUUCAACGUGCUCACCAUCCAGGCGAGCGAGCGGAUAGGGGAAAGAGGAGAAACUACAACCAAAUUGCAUGGAGGGCAGACGCUGGUGACCUGGUGGCGCUCAGGGCCCGGGCAAGGGAGCGAGCGGGUGGGCACCGCGCCUGCCCUGCAGUCCCGGCCUGGGGACGAGGCGCUGCACCUCGAAGGCCGUGGCGAGGAGGUCCCGAGGGACCCAAGUCCACGGAAAAGACUGCGGAGGAGGAAAGAGGAGGAACCCAGCGCGCAGGCCUGGAGCAGCGAGGUCUGUAGAAGCAGAAGGCUGCAGAGCUGGCCCCAGGGCUCGGGCCCUGACACUCAGCGACCCCGGGCCGAGCCUUUCCCAGAGGAGGCCGAGCAAUCUGUUGGCGCAGGCCGAGGUGCCAGCGCGACGCAGCGGGAGGGGAAACCAGACAGAGGAGGGGGUGGCCCCAGUCCUCGGACGGCGGCUCCGGGGGUGGGCGAGGUCCCCCGCGUCCCGACCUCGCGCGGCCCAGGCGCCAGGGCGGUGGAGAGGAGAUACUGGGAGGAUUUCCACAGCUGCACGGUCACAGCCCUUACGGAUUGCCAGGAAGGGGCGAAAGAUCUGUGGGAUAAACUGAGAAAAGAAUCCAAAAACCUCAACAUCCAAGGCAGCUUAUUCGAACUCUGCGGCAGCGGCAACGGGGCGGCGGGGUCCCUGCUCCCGGCGCUCGCAGUGCUGCUGGUGGCCCUCUCGGCAGCUCUGGCGACCUGGCUUUCCUUCUGAGCGCGGCGCCGGCUGCCCCCCGCGCCCACCCGCACUCACCCCCGUGCUCCCGGAAACCGAGAGGAAGAUCCAUUCGUUCUUUGGGGACCUCGUGAUUCUCUGUGAUGCUGAAAACAUUCAUAUAGGAUUGUGGGAAAUCCUGACACUCUCUUUCA